AAUUGAAAGUCAUAUGACUUAAAAAUGGCGGCCCGCACAGUAGUGUUUAUAUGCACUGUAAUUUUAAUAAUUUCAAUAUUUAUUAAAGAUGUAUCGGCAGGAACGUUUGCUAUCGACUAUGACAACGACACAUUUGUCAAGGAUGGGAAACCGUUCCGCUACAUCUCAGGAAGCAUUCACUAUUCACGGGUUCCUGCACAGUACUGGGACGACAGACUGCACAAGAUAGCUGCAGCAGGUCUAAAUGCAAUACAAACGUAUAUACCAUGGAACUUUCAUGAGGCUGAAGAAGGACAGUACGACUUCAGUGAUCAACGCGACGUUGUUACCUUCCUUCAAAUAGCUCAGAAAUACAACCUAUCAGUCAUUCUCAGGUCGGGCCCUUACAUCUGCGGGGAGUGGGAGUUUGGAGGGCUCCCGGCAUGGCUUCUCCGCCAGCCAGGGCUCAAGGUCAGGACCAUGGACCCAAAGUUCAUCAAGCCGGUGGACACAUGGAUGACGAAGCUCUAUACUACCCUCAAACCACUGCUGUAUAAGAAUGGGGGCCCUAUUAUAACCGUACAGAUAGAGAACGAGUAUGGUAGUUACCCAGCGUGUGACUACAACUACCUGCGAUUUCUGCGUGACAAGGCUCGCACCAUGCUCGGAUCAGAUGUUGUGCUCUUCACGACCGAUGGGGACGGCGAUGGAUACCUCAAAUGCGGCACCCUGCCUGAUGUGUACGCUACUGUCGACUUUGGAAUAACAUAUACCCCAGCGAAGAACUUUGCAAUACAACGACACAAAGAACCUAAGGGACCAUUGGUGAACUCUGAGUUCUACACUGGCUGGCUUGACCACUGGGGUGAGAAACACUCUACAACAGCAACAGCAGCUGUUGCCAAAAGUCUUGACCUCAUGCUUGCCCUUGGAGCAAAUGUUAACAUGUACAUGUUUGAAGGUGGAACAAAUUUUGGAUUCUGGAAUGGAGCUGAAUUCCCCUCCUAUAAGGCUAUACCCACCAGUUAUGACUAUGAUGCUCCGUUGUCUGAGGCAGGGGACAUAACUGACAAAUACAUGAAAGUCUGGCAGGUCAUAGCGAAGUACAACCCUGUUACAAUGGAUGUGCCUCCGUCUACACUGAAAAAAGCCUAUGGAAAAGUUCCUAUGAGAUUUGCGUCUACACUGGUUGACCACAUGGACAACUCUGCUGUCAUCCCUUUGUCAUCUGUGUACCCUCUCACCUUUGAACAGCUUGGUCAUUACUAUGGUUUUGUGGUGUACAAACAUGUGUUCAGGAUGGCUGCUACAGGGAACCUUGACCUUUCAGGGGUCAGGGAUAGAGCAUACCUCACACUUAUACAUAACGCUGAAGUGAGCGUGAAUGCAGUCAUAGAGCGAGAUAAUGGGAACAUGACCGUCCCUGUCAGUGUCAGCACGGGGGAUUACGUGCUGAUUAUCGUGGAAAACCAGGGCAGGAUCAACUAUGGCAACCAUAUGAAUGACAACGUCAAGGGUCUUACCACCAAUGUGACCUUGAACAACAAGCCUCUGGAGGUCUGGGAGCAGACUGGUUUCUCCUACAAUGCCUCACAGCAGGUCUUGUUUCCCACCAAAACCUCAGUUUCCAAGGGGUACAGCAUGCCUUCAUUCUACGCUGGUAUACUUGUGGUGGAUGAACCUCAGGAUACGUACUUUGACAUGAGCCAAUGGACAAAGGGCCAGCUGUAUAUCAACUCCCAUAACCUGGGUCGUUACUGGCCAAAGAAGGGCCCCCAGGUGCGCCUCUAUGUGCCGAAAUACUACCUCUCGCGUGGAGAAAACUUCAUACUCAUGAUCGAACUAGAACAAGCUCCCUGCCUUAACAUUUCCACCUGCUACGUGGAGUUCAUGGACAAACCAUUGAUAAAUGGGACUGUGGACGGUGCUGAAGAUUCAUCUGAGAAACAGGCAGACACCUUUUUAGCUCGGAUGAUAUGGCUUCUUUUAGACCUUCUGUACAGUGGUUGGGAAUGGCUGAUUUGAUUUAUAUAUAUCGUAUGAUGCUCAUAAAGUCUACAGAUGUUUACUCAGCAUCUUGUUGUCAAUGAGUAUGUUUACAGUGCAAUACAUUCCUUAAAAUGCUCUGAUUCCUUACAGUGCCAUAUUACACACGUACAUGUUUUUCUAUAAAUUAUCCAUUAUCCAGUAAUCUAU